GAGAGAGAGAGACAGGAAUUUACAGAUGAGUAUGGGGCCGCCACCAUUCCUUGAAGUUAACUGAAUUUCAUCUCACACUUCUCAUCAAAUCUUAGAAGCAAUAGUUGAUAGAACUCCUCCAAGAAUCAAUCUUUACACAAAACUGUGAUCCGACAACAUUUUUAGAUGCUCAAAGUGGAAACUAUUGUCGGCGGCACAAUCUACAUUUUCAGACAACUCUGCUACUAGGAAGUCAACAUCUCUGUCCGAAAUCAAUACAGAAGCUAAUAUAUAAUCGACAAGAAUCUGUGAAGAUCACACUAUCUCUAAGCAAUGGUUUUCAAGAAAGUGGCACUUUUGAUGAUGCGUUGUUUGGGGAUAUCGAAGCAGCCCACUCUUCCUGCCCCUCCUGCUGAAACUGCUGAGUCUUCAUCCAUUGAUGUUGAAAUCUGUGGCUCAAAAGGAAUCGGGCUCAGUGAUGGCAGAUUCUUGGCUUACACAGAGAGAGGAGUCCCCAUGAAUAAGUCCAAUUACACAGUUAUUGUUGUUCAUGGAUUUGGUAGCUCUAAAGAAAUGAACUUUAUGGCUUCCCAGGAUUUUCUUGAGGAGUUGAAGAUAUGCCUUCUGUUGUUUGACCGGGCUGGAUAUGGCGAAAGCGAUCCCAAUCCCAAGAGAUCCUUAAAAAGUGAAGCAUCUGACAUUGAGGAGCUAGCUGAUAAGUUGCAGCUGGGAUCAAAGUUCUUCGUGCUUGGCGUUUCGUUGGGGUGCUACCCCGUCUGGGGUUGCCUCAAACGGACACCAAACAGGCUAGCUGGUGUUGCAUUAGUAGUUCCAUACAUAAACUACAAAUGGCCUUCUCUUCCGAGUGACCUAACGAAGGAUGACUAUCGAAAGGGCCUAUCCCAUUGGGCUGUUUUCGUUGCAAGCCAUGCUCCACGAUUGCUGUAUUGGUGGCUGACACAGAAGCUCUUCCCAUCAUCGACCGUUCUUGACAGGAACCCUGCAUUCUUCAGCCGAAAGGACAUAGAAGUGCUCAAGAUCACACCGGGUUACCAAUUGCUUAGUCAGAACAAGGUAAGGGAUAAGACAGUGUUCGAUUCCCUACGACGUGACUUUGUGGUGGCAUUUGGCAAGUGGGACUUCGACCCUUUGGAGCUGUGCAAUCCGUAUCCUCAGAGGGAAAGCGCGGUGCAUAUAUGGCAGGGGCACGAGGACAAGGUGGUGCCUGUCCAGCUGCAGAGGCACGUCUCCGGGAAACUGCCUUGGAUUCGGUAUCACGAGGUACCGGAUGGAGGGCAUCUGCUGGUUUAUGAUUCUGAUGUGUGUGAAGCCAUCUUGAGGUCUCUUGUUCUUGGAGAAGAUCCUCCUCAAAUGUAUACACCUCAAUGCUAGUAGUUUGGUUGAUUUUUUUUUCAUUCUUGUUCAUCACAAAAGUGAUGAUCUUGCAAAGUAGAUUGAAGUAUUGGUAUUCUAUUUAUUUCAAGAAACAUUUGGUUGUGAAUGGAGUUGUAAUUGUUGGUGUUGAAUCCUCUAAAUAGGUUAUGGGUAGAGAAUUUAUUCUAUAUAGCGAAUCCACUAAAGUAUGUAAGGCAUAAUUUGUCACUAACUGUUUUUUUAUAUAUUUAGUUGUUUAGAUAUGUUGUUUUCUA